AUGCUUCCUGAAAAUGUUACAGUAUUUAAUGGGAAAUAUUCCAGUAUUGGAGGCUACUCUCUUGAUGGUUGUCGUGAGUUUUUACCUGCUGGAGCCGAAGGUGCCACCAAUUUUUUUAAAUGUACUGCUUGUAAAUGUCACAAAAACUUCCAUUGUAUUGUACCUGCAACUAAUCUUGUCGUUCCUUCAAAGAAUGGGAUCCACAUUUCAUGGGAGGAGCUUGAAGAAAAUGUUCAUGUUAGAAAUGUUGAGCCCAUCAAUGAUGAUGGUCGUGAUGGUGCUAGACAAGGGACGUCUAACUCGAAUAAGUGGUUUAGGACAAAGUUCACCCAUGAGCAAAGGAAGAAGAUGUUGGAUUUUGCAAUGACAUUAGGUUGGAAGACUAAAAAGAAUGAUGAGAAUGUUGUUGAGGAAUUUUGA